GCGGGCGGCUCCAGCGCUGGGUCCCCAGCGGUUGCCCUGGCUGCUCCCCUGCUCCUCAGCCUGCCGGCUCGGGGCCCUGGGCACGGCCAGCUCUUGGGUUUCACCCCUCUUGAUUUUUGUUUUUCUGUUUUUUUCCUGUUGCUAAGAGCUGGGGGGUUUCUCACGCGAGCCCCUGGCAGCGCUCGCCUUGCACCAGCGGGCUACGACCUAUUCCCCCGGCGGUUUUGGUGCUCUUGCAAGGACCUCAAGCUGCCCGGCUGAGCGUGGCUGGCACAGUAGGGUUUGACCAGACUUCCUUCAAUCCACCACAUCUCUCUCUGUUGUUUGCUAGCCUCCUUGGUCUCUCAUUUCUUCGGUCACUGCUUCUGUUUUAUAUUGUGGAGAUGUCUAGUACAGGCACUGUUUUGGCAACGCUUCAUCCAGCGCAGGUUUGUGUCCAUAAAUACUGCCGUGACUAUGACCCAGAGUGCUUUUAGCAGGGUGAAAACUUGCAUUUUUAAGUUACUCUGCUAAUGAAGGGCUUGGUUUAUAAUUGAACCAGGCCUGGGAAUUUCCGGCUAGCUCUGAGCCCCAGCCUCUGUGGGACUGACCCAGCCUACCUCGUUCUUAGGGAACACCUUCUCAGAAACUGUAACCUCUUGCUACAGCAGUGCUCCACUGGAAAAUGGAAGUGGUUAACGAUGCAACUGUGACCCAGCAGUAUGCAAUGGAUUUCGAGGCACACCUUGGGUUUUCGGUUCACAUGGCAGCAGCAAACUUGACUCCACCUGGUUCUUUGGAUUUAAACCAACCUGGUUUUUCAAAGGAGAUACUAGGGACUAAAUUGGAGGGCAAAUACCUCUGCUCAGAGUGCAAGAAUAUUCUGAGAAGGCCAUUUCAAGCUCAGUGUGGACACCGCUAUUGUUCUUACUGCCUGAAGAAAAUUAUCAGCUCGGGACCUCAGAAAUGUGCAGCCUGUAUUCAGGAAGGAAUCUAUGAAGAAGGAGUUUCCACUUUAGAAAUAAACUCAGCUUUUCCAGACAAUGCAGCUCGUCGAGAGGUGGAAAGUUUGCCGGCUGUCUGUAUUAAUGAUGGUUGCACGUGGAAGGGGACUAUUAAAGAAUAUGAGAGCUGCCAUGAAGGGAACUGCCCGUUCAUGCUGAUUGAGUGCCAGGCAUGUAAGGGAAUGAUCAAACUGAAUGACAAGGAGCGCCAUUCUGAACGGGAGUGCCCUGAGAGAAGCCUCAACUGCAAAUACUGCAAAUUGCUUUUCUACUUUCCUGACAUUAAGGCUCAUGAUGAGAUCUGCCCUAAAUUUCCACUGACUUGUGAGGGCUGUGGGAAAAAGAAGAUUCCAAGAGAGAAGUUUCAGGACCAUGUGAAGACUUGUGGCAAAUGUAAAGUGCCUUGCAGAUUUCAGGUUGUUGGCUGCGCUGACAUGGUGGAAAAUGAGAAGCUGCUGGACCAUGAAGGCAAAUGUCUGGCAGAGCAUCUAUACAUGCUACUGAGUUUUGUGCUCAGCCUCAAGGCUGGCUCUGCGGACUUGAAGCACCUUCCUGCCCUUUUGUCACCUCAGGGCAACUCCAUGUUACUGACGGGCAACUCCCUGUGCUCGGAGUCGGAGCUCUCCAAAUCCCUGGAGUUGCUAGCAAGGUGUGAAGCCCUUGAGAGGAAAACAGUGACCUUUGAGAACAUUGUGUGUGUGCUGAACCGGGAAGUGGAGAGGGUCUCUCUGACAGCUGAAGCCUACAGUCGCCAGCACCGACUGGACCAGGAGAAGAUUGAAACGCUCAGUAACAAGGUCCGGCAACUGGAAAGGAGCAUUGGACUGAAGGAUCUGGCCUUGGCUGAUAUGGAGCAGAAGAUCCGUGACAUGGAAGCGUCAACUUAUGAUGGUGUUUUCAUCUGGAAGAUUACAGACUUUGCCAGGAAGCGUCAGGAAGCAAUAACAGGCCGUGCUCCUGCCAUCUUCUCCCCAGCUUUCUACACAAACAAGUAUGGCUAUAAGAUGUGUUUGCGUGUUUACCUUAAUGGUGAUGGCACUGGCCGUGGGACUCACCUGUCUCUGUUCUUUGUGGUGAUGAAAGGACCCAACGACGCACUCCUACGGUGGCCCUUCAACCAGAAGGUGACUCUAAUGCUGUUGGAUCAGAACAACAGGGAGCACAUUAUUGAUGCUUUCCGACCUGAUGUUACGUCCUCAUCCUUCCAGCGACCUGUCACCGAAAUGAACAUUGCCAGCGGCUGCCCACUAUUCUGCCCUGUCUCCAAGAUGGAAGCCAAGAAUUCCUACGUACGUGACGACGCCAUCUUUAUUAAAGCCAUUGUAGAUCUCACAGGCCUCUGAAACCUCCUUCCCUCCAGGAGCAGUGAACACAGAGCUGGCCCCAACUGGGGCUUGGCCUCCCUGUUCUAUCCUUCCAGCCUUAGGGCGGUGGGCAAGGGAUACAAGAGGAAAAGCCCCGUCCCCAGAGGACCUGCUCCGCUCUGAGUGGAAACAAGGUGUGUGAUGGGAACUCUUCCUUGAUGUCAGAAAGACCAGCUGCCGUAGUACAGAUCUUUCCUGAGAAGAGGUUCAGGUUGGCAUCUGUUAUCUCCGGGGAACUGGAAGAUUCCCAUGCAGGACUCGAUUCUUCAGCUCUGUCUGUACUCAGUUGAUGCACAUUUUUGGUAUCCUGUGGUCUUCAGCCCACCCAGGGCCACCACCUUGCGUGGCCCUUCAGCAAGAUCUUCCUUCCAGUCUUGUAGGAGAUCUCCACAUCCAAGGAAGUUGGUUUCUCUCUGGUGUUUUGCUUAAAGGGUUGUAUAGUUCUGUGCUGCUGGCUGAUUUGCUUGUCCACAUGAAGGUGCUGAGGGAAGACAGAUGACAUCUGCAGCAGGUGGAGGUGUGGACAUGUGUGAGCCCAGUGACAGGUGGGUUCUGGCUGAUGGAAGGGACUUGCUAACCAGUGUAACCUAGUCUCCUUGGGUCCUUGUGCCAUGUGUUGCUGCAGAGACGCACUGGAGUGGAAGGGAGAAGGAGCUGGCCUCCACUUCUGUUUCGCAGAAGAACCCAGCCUGGACUUGAUCAGUAUUGAUCUGAGAAAGGGAAAGCAGUGCCAGCUGCUGUCCAGCUUGUGCAGAGCAAGGGGGAAGCAUCAGCAUGUGACAGAAACUUCCUUCCUCUCCUUCUCAGGAGCUCUAGAGAACCUGCCCAGCCUGGGCUCUGGAGACCCUUGAUGUUUUAUUUUUCAUGACUUCCUGCAGAUCCUGGCUUAGCCCAGCAGGUGCUCUGGGUAUCCAGGCUGCUGCUCUGUAAUGAGAGGUAAUUGUUAAUUGUGAGAGAGUUGGGUUUACUGGGUCACCACCGAAAGGGUGUCAGGGCCUCUGGGAUUGGUUGGAAGGAAGGAUCAGUGUGGGCUUGUUAGCCAGUCCUUACUGAUCUCAUACUCGGUCUUAGCCUGCACGGUAGUUAGAAGGUGUGGUUUCAGUACAUGUAACUGGGUACAUCUAGGUUCCCUAGUGGUGUAGCUGGAGCACUACAGCCUUCAGCACAGGCUGGACAAGCCUGCCCAGAAUCCUGGGUAUUUCCCAGACACGUAGAACUAGUGCUGCAGAGAUUUGCUACCUAUGCAAGCAGUUGAAGCCAGUGUGGAUACAUAUUCACUUAUGGCUAUGGCCUGUCUGGUGGCAGAAUAGACAUAGCCUGAGUGUGUCCCACCCCACAUCCCUGGCAAGGCCCCUCCUGGCUUCCCCCAGGUGAAAGCUGUUGGCUCUGCCCUUCCCUGACUACAUUUAGUCCUGAAUAUGAAACCUUGGGUUCUCCAGUUUGUUAAACAGUGAUCCGAUUGCCUGCAAGGCUCAAGGUCCCCUGGCCUUACUUGCACUGUGACCCGACUGCUGUGAAUAGCAUAGACUUCCUCCUCAGUAACACCAGGACCAUGUGUCCAGCUGAACAUUUCCCCCACAUUUAUCUGGUCACCCUGUAGCAAGCCUGCAGCUGCUCAGUUAGAAACAGUAGAAGGCUGGGAAAGUCCCUGACUGAAGCUUGGUCAGCCCUACAAAGCUUUGCCAGCACAUUUCUGUUAGCUGGGGAGGUGGAAAGAUCACACCUCCUGCCAACACAGCUCUGCUAGCAAAAACCCUGGGGUAGGUGCAGAUCUGCCCACACAAGAGGCAGCUGCCUGUUAGUGUGUGUUAUUUGGGGCAGAUGCUCUAUAAGGUGGACAUCCUGUACAAGUUAUUUGUCCCUCUUCCUCCCUCUGGGCUACUUAUCUCAUUCUCUCAGCUUGUCCUACAGCUUCAACUGAAACCAGCUCUGUUUAGUGUCAAGUUUGCUGUAACAUCUCCCUGUGGUGGCUAACAGGCUCUUUUAGAGUCACUCGGUGGUGGUCACUUGCAACUCUAGAGUGACCAUUAGCCACUUCAUACCCUUACUCCUCAGGGUUUUUGUCUCUCUUCACAUGAAUACAAACAUCUAACACAGCCCCAUAAUAUUCUCUUUGGUUAGAGUGCCCAGGUGCUGGCUGCUGAUCUCAGCCUUCAGUUGUAGUCAGUACUGAAAGAUGCCCCACCCCAAGCCAGCUCCUCCGCUGCUCCUCUAGCCUGGAGGACAGGCAAGAGGCCGUGAGAGCUGUCAGUGCAAUAGGAGAUCCCCGCAGUUGGCUGAAGCCACUGGAAGAGCAAUUGAGUAGUAUUAGUGACCCACUGCCCAUGGAUGGGGAGAGUGCAUUCUCUCUGGGGUGGGCAGCAGGCGAUCACCAAUUAGCAAACAAUAGACUCCAACAUUGUGAAACUGUGGCACUCUCCGUGAAGGAAGGCCCAGUGCCCCCUAGCAGCAUGUUCCCCACAGGCCCCAGAUGUGGCUGUUUGUUAGCCUGGUGCUAAUACCACCAGGGUUACUGGUUUGAUCAGUGGUUGGACUAAAUGAUCUCUUCAUAUGGUCCCAUCCAGCCAUACUUACCCACGACCUAUACCUGGGUGUAUGCAGAACCCACCAACCUGCUUUGUCUCUCCUACUCUUACCUCGUGCAUGCAGCAUCCCUGCUAUCUCUGAGCUAGUCUAUGCAGGCAGUGGCCUGCUCCAGACCAUUAGACUUCCAAUCCCUCCUGCCACCCAGCUGGGGUCAGAAGUCCAUCAGUGGAGAUGAUUCUGACUCUGGUUGUGGGCACUGGAGACCACAAGAAUAAAAGCUGGGGGGAGAGGGAGACCCACUGGAUCACUUGCAAAGGAAAGCAAGCCUGUAGGUGUUUCCACUACUACUGCUUUCUGCCUGGAAGUUGUAAAUGCCCAAGUCAUUGUCUGUGCUGCUCUCUGAGAUCAGCAGCUGGUUCUCUGGAAGCUGGUUAGGAAAGAAUCAGCUUUGCAUCCAAAGAGGGGCCCAUUUGCCCUUCUGUUAAUGCAGCCUGUCUGAAGAUUGACAUGUAGAGAAGGAGGAAUGGGACGGGCUCAGAAGCACUAGUCAAAAGGAUUGCCAGGUUCUGUCAUCCCUCAGCCAUAUACUACUUCAUGCCACUUGUCCCCAUGUUCAUUUGCUCUCCUUGGCACUGCUGUCCCUUCCCCCAGAAGUGUUGGUGCAUAGUGCUGUGGCUGAAGGGACUGGUGUGUAUCUAGUUCUUGUGUCUGAAUGGAGAUGAACUCUUCAGGAGCCAUUUCUCCAGGCCAAGAGCUGUUAGACUCUAUCUGCAGCUUCUCUCAGGAGCGACCAAGGCUCUGUACUGGAGCUGGCUGGCUCUCCCUCCCUGUGGAGAGGUGCUGGGAUGAGUUUUGAGCCAAGAUUUCACCCCCGACAGCUCCUGUUGUCCUCACAAGCAGGUCUGAUUUAUUUCCUAUGGGGAGGUUAUAUAUCAUACAGCUUACCCAGGGCCCAGAAACCAACAGGACAAAGGCUGCACCCUUCAGCUUCCUAUCUGCUCCCCUACAGGGAAGUCCUUAAGGCUGCCCCCAUGCCGUAACAGUUGCCAUAGAGGCCCACACGCAUUAGAGAGCAUGGGUUGGUUUGAAAUUUUGUGACUGGGAUCAAAUACUGCUGUUUGUGUGUGUUGAAGUAAGAGUUGGGUCCCCCAUGCACCAGAUAAGACUGUUCUACCUAGUAUAUGUAACAGAGAAAGGGCUUCUGUCUGCACAAGUGACUGGAUGGGAGUUAAAUAACUUCUGCUAUUUGGUGUGGUCUUCAUGUUCAGACCCUCUUUCUCUAGGUGUCUAGAGGAUUGGAUGCCUCCUGCUGAUAGUCAUGGUACAUGUGGUGAACACAGGGCUCACAGCUGCUAAGUCCCCUCUGCUCCACAGCAUCCACUUUGUGAAAAGGUGGGCACUGGAGAGCAGCUUAGGGCUUCCCAAGCAUGGGCAGUGAGUGGAAGAGCUUCUUUCCCACUUCUGCCUUGAAGUUCAGCCUGCAGCAGGAUGCAUAUAGCGUAGUUGCGUUUUCACUGCUUACCUUUAAAGCAGCCUGGCUGCUGGCAGCAGUACUUGCUUACAGCCAGGCACCCAAGGAGCACUUACUUACACAGCGGAGGAAGGCUCUGGUUUAGCUGGGAGCACCAGGCCUGGGAGGGCAAGCAGCUUCUGGUCACUUCCUCUGACCAGUGUCAGCUGUAGCAGAGCUCUUAAUUUGGAAAAAAAAAAUUUUUUUUAAAUGUGCACUGGUGGUUAGUAGGGCUGUGCGAAGCUUCGGUAGCCGAUUCAGUUCAGAGGAGAUUCAGCUUGAUUCGGGGAGCAAAUCUCCGAAU